UCCAGAUGAGGGCAGGGCAAGUGAAUAUGUUUAAAAAUCUAUUUGUUACAUCAUCCCUCUAGUUACAUUAAAUAAGAAAAAUUCUGUCUCAUGAUGUUCUGUCUUCUUUGGCAGUCCGCUGCUUAGAGAUAUAUUCUUCUCUUGUCCGGUCCCAGUAGAAGUUGAUCUUUGGAAUAGCUCAGACUCGUCUGCUGUCAUAUAAGCCCAUUGUCCUGACUCUUGGAUCCUUCAUGUUGUCCCGCUUAGGACACUCCUCGUUGUUGUCUUCUAGAAUGGACGUCCAAAUACAACUGGAUAAGAGGGAAGCAACCUAUACAAACCAGGACACAGUCUCUGGCCGCCUCAUUCUUCAUACCAGAUCAUCAGUUGAUAUAUCAGCGAUACAAGUUACUCUCUCUGGCUCAGCAUUAUCCAGACUGCACUCGGGGAGGCGCACGGAAUCGCACCAGUUGUUUCAUAAAACGCAGCGAGUCUUUCCUCCUCCUUCUCAAGGAAACCUCGACAUGGCUUCGUUUACUCUGGGUCAUGGAACAUACGUCUUUCCAUUCUCCAUCCCCUUUCCUCAAGUCUCGGAAUGCUAUAGAACCAGCACGGAGGGAAAACGCUCUCGAGGCAGUUGUGGGAACCUACCGAAAAAGAGUCGCCAAACUAUACAUUUACUUCGGAGACUUCCACCCUCCACCAUUAGGGGCCGAGAAACCGCUGGAGAGAUCAGCUACACGCUAAAAGCAGUCAUCAGAACUGGCGCAAUAAUCAGAGGAUCAGAGAUCAUCACAGUUGAGCGUCCCAUGGCCACCAUUACUCUCAUAAGCUAAAGAGGAAAAGAGAAUAGCUAAAAGCUAACGAUCUGAAUCUUGUCUAGUCUCGAGCUAUAACCUUCUAUCCGGUUACCGACUUCAACCCUCCCUCACAUACCCUCAUAGAGAGACAUUC